AUGGCUCUUCGUCGCGACGACGCCUUCAGCCGCGAGGCAGACCACACUGCCUCGCGAGCCAUGGAGGUGGACAACAUCGUCGCGGCGGCUCCCGAGGCGAAAGGAGACUUCUCCGACACGAUCUCCAUCCUCAACAGCAAACGCACCAACGUCCAUGAUGGACCGGCCGAAGCACAUACCCCAGACGAGGUCCUACUCCACUUGAAGACGCAAAUGGACCACCUCUCGCAAUCCAACCGCGAUACUCUCGAUCUUAUCCCCGCUCUCUGCCCCAAGCCAACGCCCCAUCCUCCGCCAGACUCCUCAAUCGCCUCCGACGCUCCGAUCGCGGCCCCCAUCAGCGUCGCCGCAGACGAUCGGCUCGCACCCCCUCAGACCAGUCGACAGGGGCCCCCACCAUGCCGGACCCCCACUCCCCCCCCCAACAAACCCACUCCCUGCCUCACCACCCCCCUGACAACCCACCACAAGGCCCCCAGUUCGAUCACCCCAGCCACCACCCACAAUACCCCCCCUCGGACUUCCCAGGAUCGUACUACCGACCCUCCUGGAGCCUCGAGCUCGACGGACACCACAUGGACACCCUCAGACCACACUGGCCACCUGAGUCGGCCGAAGGACUGGUCCACGUUACACUGUUCUAGCAGGACGCAGAACACUUGA